AGCUGCGAGCGGUAGCGAGCGAGAGCCAGUCCGGGACGGCCGGGCGAGGAGUCCGGCGGCGGCAAACGAGUAUCGUGGCGGCCAAAAAAAUGCUCCUGUACCGAGGGGCCCCCGCGGGCCCUGGCGCGUCGGGCAGCGCGCUGGCCCGGCCGGGCGGCGGCCCGCAGGCCUUUGGGAUCCGCCUGAGCACGAUGAGCCCCCGCUACCUACAGAGCAACUCCAGCAGCCACACGCGACCCUUCAGUGCCAUCGCGGAGCUGCUAGAUAAUGCUGUAGAUCCAGAUGUAUCCGCCAGGACGGUCUUUAUAGAUGUUGAGGAGGUCAAGAAUAAAUCUUGUUUGACCUUUACUGAUGAUGGAUGUGGGAUGACACCUCAUAAACUACACCGAAUGCUCAGCUUUGGCUUUACAGAUAAAGUAAUAAAGAAGAGCCAGUGUCCCAUCGGGGUCUUUGGUAAUGGUUUCAAGUCAGGCUCCAUGCGACUAGGAAAGGACGCUCUUGUCUUCACCAAGAAUGGGGGUACUCUCACUGUUGGACUCCUAUCACAGACCUAUCUGGAAUGUGUCCAGGCCCAAGCAGUUAUUGUACCAAUUGUUCCAUUCAGCCAACAAAACAAAAAAAUGAUUAUUACUGAGGAUUCCUUGCCCAGCCUAGAAGCCAUCUUGAACUAUUCAAUUUUCAACAGUGAAAAUGACCUGCUGUCCCAGUUUGAUGCCAUCCCAGGCAAAAAAGGCACUCGUGUUCUCAUUUGGAACAUCCGCAGAAAUAAAGAUGGAAAGUCUGAGUUGGACUUUGAUACAGAUCAGUAUGAUAUCCUGGUAUCAGACUUUGGCACAGAAGAAAAAGAGACUGGUGGCAUUACCUCUGAGCUGCCAGAAACAGAGUAUUCUUUACGGGCAUUUUGUGGCAUUCUAUAUAUGAAGCCACGAAUGAAAAUUUUUCUGCGUCAAAAGAAGGUGACGACCCAGAUGAUUGCCAAGAGCCUGGCCAAUGUAGGAUAUGAUAUAUAUAAACCUACCUUCACAAAUAAGCAGGUGAAAAUAACUUUUGGGUUCUCUUGCAAGAAUAAUAACCAGUUUGGAGUAAUGAUGUAUCAUAACAACCGCCUCAUAAAGUCUUUUGAGAAGGUGGGAUGCCAGGUGAAGCCAACUCAUGGAGAAGGUGUGGGAGUAAUUGGAGUCAUUGAGUGCAAUUUCUUAAAACCUGCCUACAACAAACAAGACUUUGAGUACACCAAGGAGUACCGGUUGACAAUAAAUGCCCUUGCCCAGAAGCUCAAUGCUUAUUGGAAGGAAAAGACCUCCCAAGAGAAUUUUGAGACCUCAGCCAUAGUCAGGCCAAUACCGAAGAUUCCUGACCAGACAUGGGUACAGUGUGAUGAGUGUCUUAAAUGGAGGAAGCUUCCUGGCAAGGUUGAUCCAUCUACAUUACCUGCAAGAUGGUUUUGUUACUAUAAUUCCCAUCCAAAGUACAGGAGGUGCUCUGUUCCAGAGGAACAAGAACUCAUUGAUGAAGACCUGUACUUGAGCAAAGCUAAGAAACAAGAUCAAACUGUUGAGAAGAAGAAGGUACCAGUGGAAAGUGAGAGCCACCAGGUAUUCACUAAUCCACUCAAGAUCCCUUCUAUUCAAGAUAUGGAUGACUUGAAUAAUAAGACGAUUGAAUAUGAGGGAAUUGAUAGCCCUAGCCGGCUUUCAUCUGUUGGAGAAGAAAGCAGAACACCUUCUCUUCAACUUAAGCCUCUGGAUUCCAGUGUUUUUCAGUUUUCCAGUAAGUACAAAUGGAUCCUAGGUGAGGAACCUGUGGAGAAACGAAGAAGGCUCCAGAAUGAGAUGACAACACCUCCUCUAGAUUAUUCCAUGCCUGGCCCUUACAGGAGGGUAGAGGCAGCAGUUGCCUACCCAGAAGGGGAGAACAGCCAUGAUAAAUCGAGUUCUGAGAGAAGCACACCACCAUACCUUUCCCCAGAAUACCCAGAAGCAAUCAAGAAUACCAGUCAGAGUAGGGAGGUCUCAGUUCUGUAUGCAGGGGCCCAAGACCAACACCAGGGCUCCCUGCUACCUGAAGAAUUAGAAGAUCAGAUGCCAAGAUUGGUGGCAGAAGAAUCUAACAGAGGCAGCACACACCUAAGCAAGGAGGAAGUAAGCAAGGGACCUUUUGUAGCUGUUGUCGGUGUUGCAAAAGGUGUUAGAGAUUCAGGAGCUCCCAUUCAGCUGAUCCCUUUUAACAGAGAGGAGCUUGCUGAGAGGAGGAAAGCAGUUGAAUCCUGGAACCCGGUGCCUUACUCUUCUGUGGCCUCUGCUGCAACUCCUGCUGCAGCUGUUGUGGAGAAAGGAAGAGGCUCUGAGGAGAGCGGAGGUCGUCAUACACCAAAGAUGAAGAACCAAAGAGAGCUAGAAGAACUGAAGAGAACCACGGAAAAGUUGGAGCGUGUUUUGGCAGAAAGGAAUAUGUUCCAGCAAAAGGUGGAGGAGCUGGAACAGGAGAGGAAUCACUGGCAUUCUGAAUUCAAGAAAGUCCAACAUGAAUUGGUGACCUAUAGUACCCAGGAGACGGAAGGCUUGUACUGGAGCAAGAAACACAUGGGCUAUCGCCAAGCUGAGUUCCAGAUUCUGAAAGCUGAGCUGGAAAGAACCAAAGAGGAAAAGCAGGAACUGAAAGAGAAACUGAAGGAGACAGAGACACACCUGGAAGUGCUGCAGAAGGCUCAGGUCUCCUACCGGACCCCAGAGGGAGAUGACCUAGAAAGGGCUUUGGCAAAGCUUACGCGGCUGCGUAUCCACGUCAGCUAUCUCCUUACCUCUGUCCUCCCUCACUUGGAGCUUCGUGAGAUCGGGUUUGACUCAGAACAAGUGGAUGGGAUCCUGUAUACGGUGCUGGAGGCAAAUCACAUACUGGAUUGAGCACCAGAUACUCUAUAUCCCCUUCUCUACCCUCUUCUUUCCUCCUCCCUCCCUCUCAACACCUCUCUCUCUCUCUCUCUCUCUCUCUCUCUCUAUCUAUCUCUCUCUCUCUCUCUCUCU